AUGGGUAUCUCAGGGCUUCUUCCACUGCUCAAAUCCGUCCAGAAGCCAUGUAAUCUCAAGAAGUACGCUGGCCAGACGAUUGGCGUAGAUACAUAUGGCUGGCUACAUCGUGGCACUGCUGCCUGUGCUAUUGAUCUGGCACUUGACAAGCCGACGACCAAAUAUGUCGACUUUGUCAUGAAUCGCGUCCAUAUGCUCAUCCACUUCGGAAUAACGCCCUACCUCGUGUUUGAUGGAGACAACCUACCGAGUAAAGCUGGCACAGAGAAGGAUAGGAGGGAGAGGAGGAAGGAGGGCAAGAGACUGGGUCUGGAGCUUCUCAAGGUUGGAAAGGCAGCACAGGCGCAACAGGAAUUGCAGAAGAGCGUGGAUGUAACGCCCGAGAUGGCGCGCAUGGUCAUCGAAGAGCUGAAGCACCACAAUAUUCAGUAUGUCGUCGCACCUUACGAAGCCGACUCGCAGCUAGCAUACUUGGAACGCAAGGGCAUCAUCAAUGGCGUGCUAUCAGAAGACUCCGACUUGCUUGUCUUUGGCGUCAAGUGUCUGAUAACAAAGCUCGACAAGUACGGAGACUGCAUCGAGGUCAAUCGGAACCACUUCACUGCCUGCCGAGAGGUUAGCUUUGUAGGCUGGUCCGAUGCCGACUUUCGAAGGAUGUGCAUUCUCAGUGGCUGCGACUAUUUACCGGGCAUUGGUGGUCUGGGGCUGAAAACUGCUCAUCGAAUGCUGCGCAAGCACAAGACUGUCGACCGCCUUGUCAAAGCCGUUCAAUUCGACGGAAAGCUCAAAGUACCUGCCGGGUUCAUGGCCGACUUUGAUCAGGCGGAGAAGACGUUCUUGUACCAAUGGGUAUACUGCCCAAUCGACAAAAAGCUCGUCAACCUCACACCAGUGAAUGACGGCAUCAGUCUCGCCGACAUGCCGUACUUGGGGGAAGAGGUACCAUCAGACCUCGCUACUGGUGUUGCGCGAGGCGAUCUAUAUCCACGCACAAAGCUGCCAAUGAAUGUCGACAGCAAUACUAAGCCCAGCGGCCAGCCUCUCGUCCCGUCCCGAAGAGCGUCAGCAGUCGUGCAAACGCCCGACGCAAAGGGCUCGAAGCCGAUCGACUCGUUCUUCAAACCCAAGCGCACCCCUUUGGCCGAGUUAAGCCCAAACUGCUUCACGCCAUCACCAAGCCAGCAAGUAUUGCUCGAGCAGCAGCGUAGGACCAGUGGUUGGGCUGCAGUGCCUGCUCCCAUAUCACGAUUGCAGCAGCAAUACCCACCACCUCCCAGUACGGCGCCGCAACCGAGACGAACAUCGUCGGAUCCUACUGCAGGUAGACGUUCUGUACCCCACCCUUCUAAAAGACAACGACUUUGCACCGACUCAGUUUCCGAUGCCCCUGCAGCAGGCGGAGAGGGGGUUGUGCGAAGUCAAUUCUUCACUUCCAAUACGCCAGAGCCAAGCCCUUCGCUGAACCGUACAAAGAUGAACAGAAGGAAGACGGACCAAGACUUUGAGCUUUACUCAGAUGAUUCUAUGCAAGAGGCCAUCGCAGCAGUCGCUGACUUGGAAGAAUUUGCGUCGAAAUCAAAGAAGAAGUUACGAAUCUUCAGCGACACACAAGCAGUCAUGAGAUGCGAAUCACAGUCAACUGUAACUUCGAGAGGCAGCACUGCCCAGUCACAAGAUACUCUUGGCACCCUUACACCGGCAUCGUCGCAUGGCAGCCCGGAACCAGAGACGGUUUUUAGCGCUGCCAUCUCGUCUCAGAUGAGUGAACUGCGAUCGAAGUUCAUCUACAAGGCGGCAGUAGUACCUUCGCCGACCCCAUGCAUGCCCCGGGCCGCCAAAGCCCGCCUGGAAAGACGGUAUACUGAAAUAAGGCAGCCUGUGCCGCCACCUAUAGAGCCGACUUUGGCAUCACUUGCAACUGUAGCAGAUUCAGUUGUUCGUGGAACCCCGCCUCCUGUGGAUGACGAGGAAGAGAUUGCAGACUCUGCUUGGGCCAAUAUGGAAGCAGAGGUUGUUGUGGCUGCAAGCUCUCCGCCUCAUAUGACGCCUGCGAAGAGGAGAAGAUCAUCGCUAAAGGGAAGCGAGGAUUUCCUGGUACCUGACAGCGAUGCAGAGAGCGAAUGUUCGCCUCGGAAACCCAUGUUUAACCUUGCGCGAUUUGCAUUUCCCGGCUAGUUUUAUUUGGCAUUGUAUGGCUUUUCAGUAUAUUGCUAUGAAGAGCGCACGAGUUGCAGUACUGUUGGCGCUUUCAGCGGUUGAACACGAUUAUGGUGGUAUUGAGCAGCAUUGUAUGACUACGAACACGACCCCUUGACUUUCGUGAGCGAAAAAGGAACAGGAAUAUUAUGUAGUACAUCUUCACUUGGUAGUAUUCUCUAUAUAUUGCAUUUUGUUCCUUA